AUGCUUGUUGGUAGUAGGCCGAUUAUUACCAUUAAAUCUGACUCUCUAUGGUGGAGGGAUUUGAUUUUAGUAGGUGUUAUGGAAAGGGAAUAUUUUAUUUGGUUCUCAAACAACAUUUAUUGUAAAAUUGGCAAUGGGCAUUCAAUUGAAUUUUGGAGAGAGGGAUGGCUUGGAACAUCUUCCCUAGGCAUUAUGUUUCCACUCAUAUUCACAUGUGCAUCAGAUUUGAAGCUCAAAGUUGUAGACAUGGAGGAGUGGAUGGAGAAUAAGUGGAUUUGGAAUGUGAAGUUGGUGGAGAGUAAGCAUCUUCAGGAAGAAGAAGAGUCGAAACAGGAUAUCUUUCUUUCCAUUUUGCAUAACGUGCAACUAAAGCAGCAAGUGGACGAUUCAUUCGUUUGGUGGAGGAACAAGAACGUAUUCUCGGUAAAAGGAAGCUAUCAAACCAUAGAAGAACUUUCUAAUGUUGAUGUACAGGUGAAGGAGAGUAUUAUUCUUCAUAUGGAUCCGCGUUGGCUUACGAAUGCUCCUAACAAAAUUCUCAUCUUUAGGUGGAGGCUAUUGCUGAAUCAAUUGCCAACUAAAUCACCCUUCGCUACUAGAGGGAUCAUCAAUGGAAACCACAACACGAUGUGUCCUCUUUGUUUUGGUGUUGAAGAAACUAUCUCCAAUAUAUAUAAGUGGUUGGAUAUAUUUAUUCAACCUGAGUUGGAUCUAGUAGUCAAUAAUUUGAACAACUUUAGAACUAACCUUAAAGAUAGUGUGAAAAAGAAUUUCCAGUUGGUAAUUUGGCUCGCAGUUUGUUGGACAAUUUAG